GUGGGGGGAGUGGGCACGGAGGCGCGCGUGCAGCCGCCGGCUGCCCCCGAGUGGGUAGCGGGCGCCGCGGCCCCGGGAGCACGCGCGAGGGGCACGAGGGGCCGUCCACCCGGCUGGGGGGCAGCGGGCGCUGCAGGGGUUGGUGCCCGGGGUCCCCGCGGCCUGGGGGACAAAGGGGGAGCGGCGCGUGCAGCCGGGAGGAGGGGGCGGGGCCGGGGCGCAGAGGCCCCGCCCCCUCCCCCUCCUCUACUCUCGGCCCCGGAGAUGCGGGGUCUGCCGAGAGGGAGGGGGCUGAUGCGGGCCCGGGGGAGGGGUCGUGCGGCCCCUCCGGGCAGCCGAGGACGCGGAAGAGGGGGGGCCCACCGGGGAAGAGGUAGGCCCCGGAGCCUACUGUCUCUUCCCAGAGCCCAGGCGUCCUGGGCCCCCCAACUUCCUACCGGGCUGACCAGCCCUCCCAUCCCUUGUGUCGCCUCCCAGGGCGAGGCCCCCGCCGAGAUGGGGGCGCUGAUGUUGGAGAAGGAACCCAGAGGAGCCCCCGAGAGAGGUCAUGGCUCUCUGGGCGAUGCCCCUCGCGGUGAGGAGAGCCUGCCCAAGGCCAAGCCCGAGGCUCUGGAGCCGGCAGCUCCCUCAUCCCCGGCCUCUGUCACUGUCACCGUUGGCGAUGAGGGGGCUGACACCCCAGUUGGGGCCAUGCCGGUCAUUGGGGAUGAGCCGGACACCCUGGAGGGGGACGGAGACCAGGGAGGCCGCGUCUUGCUGGGCCAUGCCACAAAGUCAUUCCCCUCCUCCCCCGGCAAGGGGGGCGCGUGUCCCAGCCGAGCCAAGAUGUCGAUGACAGGAGCAGGGAAAUCACCCCCGUCCGUUCAGAGUUUGGCUAUGAGGCUGCUGAGUAUGCCAGGGGCCCAGGGGACAGCGGCAGCUGCCGCGGGGCCUGAACCUCCUCUGGCCACAACCAGCCCGGAGGGACAGCCAAAGGUCCACCGCGCCCGGAAAACCAUGUCCAAGCCCGGAAAUGGACAGCCCCCAGUCCCUGAGAAGCGGCCCCCUGAAGUGCAGCAUUUCCGAAUGAGUGGUGACGUGCACUCGCUGGGGAAGGUGACCUCAGAUAUGGCCAAAAGGAGGAAGCUGAACUCAGGAGGUGGCCUGUCGGAGGAGUUGGGUUCUGCCCGGGGUUCGGGAGAAGUGACCCUGGAGAAGGGGGACCCCGGGUCCCUGGAGGAGUGGGAGACGGUGGUGGGGGACGACUUCAGCCUCUACUAUGAUUCCUACUCUGUGGAUGAGCGGGUGGACUCUGACAGCAAGUCUGAGGUUGAAGCUCUAGCUGAGCAGCUGAGUGAGGAAGAGGAGGAGGAGGAGGAGGAAGAGGAAGAAGAGGAGGAAGAGGAGGAGGAGGAAGAGGAGGAAGACGAAGAGUCGGGCAAUCAGUCAGACAGGAGCGGUUCCAGCGGGCGCCGCAAAGCCAAGAAGAAAUGGCGGAAGGACAGCCCGUGGGUGAAGCCGUCUCGGAAACGCCGCAAGCGGGAGCCGCCGCGAGCCAAGGAGCCGAGAGGAGUGAACGGUGUGGGCUCCUCAGGGCCCAGUGAGUACAUGGAGGUCCCGCUGGGGUCCCUGGAGCUGCCCAGCGAGGGGACCCUCUCCCCCAACCAUGCUGGAGUGUCCAAUGACACGUCUUCGCUGGAGACGGAGCGCGGGUUCGAGGAGCUGCCCCUCUGCAGCUGCCGCAUGGAGGCGCCCAAGAUCGACCGCAUCAGCGAGCGGGCGGGCCACAAGUGCAUGGCCACGGAGAGCGUGGACGGAGAGCUGUCGGGCUGUAACGCCGCCAUCCUCAAGCGGGAGACCAUGCGGCCGUCCAGCCGCGUGGCGCUCAUGGUGCUCUGCGAGACGCACCGAGCCCGCAUGGUGAAGCAUCACUGCUGUCCCGGCUGCGGCUACUUCUGUACCGCGGGGACCUUCCUCGAGUGCCACCCCGACUUCCGGGUGGCCCACCGCUUCCACAGAGCCUGUGUGUCGCAGCUGAACGGGAUGGUCUUCUGUCCUCACUGCGGGGAGGACGCGUCCGAGGCCCAGGAGGUGACCAUUCCCCGGGGGGACGGGGGGGCCCCGCCGGCCGGCACUGCAGCCCCUGCCCCUCCACCCCUGGCCCAGGAUGCACCCGGGAGAGCGGACACUUCCCAGCCCAGCGCCCGGAUGCGAGGGCACGGGGAGCCCCGACGUGCACCCUGUGAUCCCCUGGCCGACACUAUCGACAGCUCGGGGCCCUCGCUCACCCUGCCCAAUGGGGGCUGCCUCUCUGCUGUGGGGCUGCCUGUGGGGCCGGGCCGGGAGGCCCUGGAAAAGGCCCUGGUCAUCCAGGAGUCGGAGAGGCGGAAGAAACUCCGUUUCCACCCGCGGCAGCUAUACCUGUCGGUGAAGCAGGGGGAGCUGCAGAAGGUGGUCCUGAUGCUGCUGGACAACCUGGACCCCAACUUCCAGAGCGACCAGCAGAGCAAGCGCACGCCCCUGCACGCUGCUGCCCAGAAGGGCUCCGUGGAGAUCUGCCACGUGCUGCUGCAGGCUGGAGCUAAUAUCAAUGCCGUGGACAAGCAGCAGCGGACGCCGCUGAUGGAGGCCGUGGUGAACAACCACCUGGAGGUGGCACGCUACAUGGUGCAGCGCGGAGGCUGCGUGUACAGCAAGGAGGAGGAUGGCUCCACCUGCCUCCACCACGCGGCUAAAAUCGGGAACUUGGAGAUGGUCAGCCUGCUGCUCAGCACGGGACAGGUGGACGUCAACGCCCAGGACAGCGGGGGCUGGACGCCCAUCAUCUGGGCCGCGGAGCAUAAGCACAUAGAGGUGAUCCGCAUGCUGCUGACACGGGGCGCCGACGUCACCCUCACGGACAACGAGGAGAACAUCUGCCUGCACUGGGCGUCCUUCACCGGCAGCGCCGCCAUUGCCGAGGUCCUCCUGAAUGCCCGCUGUGACCUCCAUGCUGUCAACUACCACGGGGACACGCCCCUGCACAUCGCCGCCCGCGAGAGCUACCACGACUGUGUGCUGCUGUUCCUGUCCCGCGGAGCAAACCCCGAGCUUCGCAACAAGGAGGGGGACACCGCGUGGGACCUGACGCCGGAGCGCUCUGACGUGUGGUUUGCACUCCAGCUCAACCGCAAGCUGCGGCUCGGGGUGGGCAAUCGGGCCAUCCGCACCGAGAAGAUCAUCUGCCGGGACGUGGCUCGGGGCUAUGAGAAUGUGCCCAUUCCCUGUGUCAAUGGCGUGGACGGUGAGCCCUGCCCCGAGGAUUACAAGUACAUCUCCGAGAACUGCGAGACGUCCACCAUGAACAUUGACCGCAACAUCACCCAUCUGCAGCACUGCACGUGCGUGGACGACUGCUCCAGCUCCAACUGCCUGUGUGGCCAGCUCAGCAUCCGCUGCUGGUACGACAAGGACGGGCGUUUGCUGCAGGAAUUUAACAAGAUUGAGCCCCCCCUGAUUUUCGAGUGUAACCAGGCCUGCUCCUGCUGGAGGAACUGCAAGAACCGGGUAGUGCAGAGUGGCAUCAAGGUGCGACUGCAGCUCUACCGAACAGCCAAGAUGGGCUGGGGGGUCCGCGCCCUGCAGACCAUCCCCCAGGGGACCUUCAUCUGCGAGUAUGUUGGGGAGCUGAUCUCCGAUGCCGAGGCGGAUGUGAGAGAGGAUGAUUCUUACCUCUUCGACUUAGACAACAAGGACGGAGAGGUGUAUUGCAUCGAUGCCCGUUACUAUGGCAACAUCAGCCGCUUCAUCAACCACCUGUGUGACCCCAACAUCAUCCCUGUUCGGGUCUUCAUGCUGCACCAAGACCUGCGGUUCCCACGGAUUGCCUUCUUCAGUUCCCGGGACAUCCGGACUGGGGAAGAGCUGGGGUUCGACUAUGGUGACCGCUUCUGGGACAUCAAGAGCAAGUACUUCACCUGCCAGUGUGGCUCUGAGAAGUGCAAGCACUCGGCGGAGGCCAUCGCCCUGGAGCAGAGCCGCCUGGCCCGCCUGGACCCCCACCCUGAGCUGCUGCCUGAGCUCGGCUCCCUGCCCCCUGUCAACCCCUGAGAAUGGACCACGCGCUCCCCCACCCACACCCCAACGGCCACCUCCUCGGCAGCCACCUCCGCCACCUGCUGCUCACAGCCCACCGCACCUCGGGGUGCUGCCGACUCCCUCCCCUCCCUCCUUCACACAUUCCUGGGCAGAGACCCCAGCCAGGCCCUGGAGGUCUGACAGCCCCCUCCCUCCCAGAGCUGGUUCCUCCCUGGGAGGGUGACUUUCGGGCUGGCCGCCCCUCCCCACCCCCUUCUCUUGCCAUCCUCAGCUCAAGUUUGUUGGAAUCGGGCCUCUAUGCCAACUGGUUUCCUUUAUUCUCAAUAAAUGUUGGGUUUGGU